UUCUACCAUCCAUGGUCCAGACCCACCACUAUCUCCCCAAGAUGACUUACUACAGGAGUUUGGGUUACUGUGAUCCAUGCAGCUACAACAAUGCAAGCAAUGGUUACCAACGUUUGUACAUCCAAAUGCUUCCUUCUGAAUAUUACGCAUGUACCCCUUGCUGGAACAUCCAUGGUCACCAAAUCAGUUGUGCCUUCCCUUGGCACAAGAUGAGCUUUAACUAUUGCUCACCUUGCUACAGCUACAACUGUUGCCGUCUUUCCUAUCACUGUUACCCACUUUGCUACAACUUAAGAUCCAAUGACUGCAUCCCUGAGUACAAGUCCACUUCUCCCUGCUAUGGUCCCAAAACAAGGCAUUACUCCCCUUACUACAGCUUCAAGACCAAAGGACGUACCCAUUCUUCCAGCAACAAUCAGCGUACCCAUCUCUAUGGAUCCCCAUCAAGCUGUUACUCCCCUUGUUACAGGACUGAAACCAUAAGAGGUACUCCUUACUAUAGUAGCAAUGAGUGUUCCCCUUGUUAUAGUUCCCCAUCAAGCAGUUCUUGUUACAACUCCACGACCACAACAUGGAGCCCGUGCUAUAGUAGUUAUGAUUCCCCAUCAAGCAGCUGCUCCUCUUGUUAUACCUUCAAGACCCCUUGCUACAACAACCACCAGCGUUCUCCUUGCCACAGAUGCUCCACUCCUUACUACACGUCCGGAUCCAGAUGUAGUCCUGGUUAUACCUUCAGACGGUGCUCUCCUUGCUGUAGUUCGAAGUGCUAUUCCCCUCACUACAAUUCCUCUCACUACCGCUAUAGCCAGUGCUUGUCUUGCUAUAGGUCCAGACGUCACUCCCCUUACUACCUCUUUGGAUCCAGAUGUGGUGCUCCUCUCUGUAGAAACAGCCAUCAUCCCACUUGCGAACGUGCCAGUUACGGAUGUCACUCUCCUUCCCACAGCUCCACAUGCAGCUCCACUCACUCCACGUCUUGUACUUACUCCUUGAAAAGUAGCUCUUACUCCAGUGGAUGCCGAAGAUGCUCUUGCCCGUGGUAACACUCAUCAGAAACAUCUUCAAAAUGGAAAGAAACAACCUGCCCAAUACCAACAAGCAAUCAUCAAGGACUGGAGAUGGCUUUCCGAUACAAUGGAUUUCUGAAGGGUUCCCAAUCCAGCCAAUUAUCCUUUGGACAUCCAGAAGAUCUGAAGGGACUGAGGAACAAUUUCUAAACCUUCACUAGAUGUUCUUCAUUACAGUCCUUAAUGUAGCUCUUACUCCAGUGGAUGCCGAAGAUGCUCUUGCCCGUGGUAACACUCAUCAGAAACACCUUCAAAAUGGAAAGAAGCAACCUGCCCAAUACCAACAAGCAAUCAUCAAAGACUGGAGAUGGCGUUCCGAUACACUGGAUUUCUGAAGGUUUUCCAUUCCAGCCAAUUAUCCUUUGGACAUCCAGAAGAUCUGAAGGGACUGAGGAACAAUUUCUAGACCUUCACUAGAUGUUCUUCAGUACAGUCCUUUUCGUUGUUGUUCACUUGCUCAGUCGCUUCCAACUCUUCAUGAUCUCAUGGACCAUCCUUUAAUUAUAGUCCUUAAUGCAACGAAAUCUUUUAUUUAAUGUCUUGGGCAUCCUGAAGGUCAGGUAGAGUCAAUGUUGGUGGUAGUGAAUGCACUUUGGGUUUUUGAAGGAACUUGAAUGGAUCUGUAUCCAAAAUUAAAGCUGAAACAUGGAGAAAACCCAAUGGUGUAGAUUUC